GCCCUGUGCAGGGAUAAAUACACGUUCUCACCCAGGAGGAUCCAGCACCUGGACAGGCGGCUUGGACAUCCUCUCACUACACCCAGCUCUCCGAGAGUCAAGGGCAAAAGAGAUGUCAUUCCUUCUGGCUCUGGGGCUGCUGGUGGCUGGGCUCUGCCCCACUGUCCAUGGCCUCCCGGGGGGCGUGCCAGACCGUACGAAUGUGACCCAGGAGGGCCAACAUAAGGAGACGCCUGUGGACCUCCUCAGAUUUGCCUCCAGCAACACUGACUUUGCCUUCAGCCUCUACAGGCAGUUGGCUUUGAAGGACCCCACUAAGAAUGUCGUCUUUUCCCCGAUGAGCAUCUCCAUGGCCUUGGCCUUCCUCUCCCUGGGGGCCCGUGAUACCACCCUGACAGAGAUCCUCAGAGGCCUCAAGUUCAACCUCACGGAGACCUCUGAGACAGAGAUCCACCAGGGCUUCCAGCACCUCCUGCAUGCCCUCAGCCAAGCCAGCAACCAGCUGCAUCUGAGUGUGGGCAAUGCCAUGUUCGUCCAUGAGAAGCUGGAGCUGCUGGACAAGUUCAGGAAUGAUGCCAACGCGCUGUACGCCUCUGAGGCUUUCUCCACCAACUUCCAGGACACUGUCGCUGCCAAGAAGCUCAUCAAUGACUAUGUGGAAAAGAAGACCCAGGGGAAAAUUGUGGGUUUGAUCAAGAGCCUUCAGGCAAGAACAGUGAUGAUCCUUGUGAACUACAUCUUCUUUAGAGCCAAGUGGAUGACACCCUUUGACCCCAACGACACUGCCGAGUCCAAGUUCUACCUGAGUAAGAGGAAGUCGGUGAAGGUGCCCAUGAUGAGUCUGGAGGGCCUGCGCACGCCCUACUUCCGGGACGAGGAGCUGGCCUGCACGGUGGUGGAGCUGCGGUACACCAGCAAUGACAGCAUGCUCCUCAUCCUCCCGGACCAGGGCAAGAUGAAGGAGGUGGAAGCCGCGCUGCUCCCGGAGACGCUGACGAGGUGGAGGGGUUCGCUGCAGACGAGAUCGAUAGACAUCUUCCUGCCAAAGUUUUCCGUCUCCAGCAACUACAAUCUGAAAGACGUACUUUCUCAGCUGGGCAUGAGGCAAGUCUUCACCACAGAGGCUGACCUGUCAGGGGUCACAGGGACCAAGGGCCUGAUGGUCACUCAGGUGGUCCACAGGACCCUGAUCGACGUGGCCGAGAACGGCACGGAAGCAGCUGCAGCCACAGCCAUUGGUCUUGCCCUCCUGUCCCUUAGAAUCCCAGAUAUCAGAGUGGAAUUCAACAGGCCCUUCCUGUUAGCCAUACUUUCCAAGGACACCCAGAACGUCCUCUUUUUCGCCAAAGUCGUUAACCCCAAGGAAGCCUAGUGCUCCUCUCCAGGUGGAGGGGCAUUCCCUCUGAGGGCGCCCGGGGCUCUGGGUACAGCCUGGCCCUGCUCACUCAUUCUCGAGAAGGUGCCAGUGACUCUGCCUGGUGGCUCCUACACGCAAGGGAAGUCUGUGGACUCUUCAUCUGGGGACUCUGAGACUUUCCGGUGGCAAUAAACCAUCUUCUUUGGACU